AGUCUCGAAACGCGCGGCGUCCGACGAGCUUCUCGCUCUCGCAGCGAAGAGGCGACCUCGCGAGGUCGCGCGAGCAAAUUCCCGUCGCUUCGGAGGCCGUCGCGAGGGCAAGACGAUCGAGAGUGCACCGGGAACGUGAAUCUGCGAAUUUCACUUGGUGAUCGAACGAAAAAAUAAAGAACAAAGGAGGCCGUCUCACAUGGAUGUAAUCGCAACCAAUUAAUCGAAGCUCCAUCGAGAGUCUUUCAAUACCAUUAGUGUACGUGGGUGGUAAAAAAAAUGAAACUUUAUAAUUUUUAAAAAUUAAAAAUGAAGCAGACCGUCGAAGCAUGUAACAUCAUUCCCUUCUUUGUUCGGAUAAAGACGUGGAGGAAAUUCAGACGGAGUGUAACAAAGAAAUCGUGCACCACGUAAAACAAAGAUCUUGCGUCUUCGCUCAGCAAUCUAUUCAAUGGCAAAGAAUAAUGCCCGCCCGGCCGAGGAAUCCGGUGCGUUCGAAGCCGAGAGGAAGUUCGACAGGUCGGGCCCGAGCCGCUUGCGAGAUCAAAGAAAAGCUGCCAGGGUCAAGGACAAGCCUGAGGAAAGUCGACUUCCGACCCCACCUCCGGAUCCUCAAUGCCCGCCGGUUGUCCUCGUACGAGAUCAUCGCUCGGGGGUGACUUCUCGCGGGCCCGAGGAAGAAGAGGAGGAUCUCGCGGCUUAUCUCGGCGAGCUCGGCGCAUCGCCGUUUGAGGGUCAUUCGUUCGACUACGACACCACGCCAAACUCGGCGACCUCGGCGAUGGGUGGCGAUGCGACCCCCUUCACUGAAGAGGCGUUCGAACACCUGGACCGACUGUGCACGCUGACGGAGCAGAUCCUGGAGUUGCGUACCCGCAGCUCCGAGUACUUUCGGCGCGUGCGGGGUCUGGAACGUGCGAAGGUGCAACGAAAUGCCAAUCGGCGGCUGGAGAUCGCUCUGGCAAACGGUGAAGAGUUGUAUCAUGAUUUCGUCGACGAGGAUACCGGUUUCGCGGAAUCUCUGCUGGACGCGAUGCUGUCGAAUAGCCGAGACGCCGCGUCCUCGACGCCGAGAAGGAACGAACGCUCGAGCGUGCGAUCAUCCGCUUUAUCGAGACAGCGAAGCCGAUCGCUCGCGCUGACCGAGCAAAAUCUCGGAUCGCGCCUGGUCGAGCAGAUAGGUGAGAUCGACAAAAAUGCCGAGAGGAACGUAGAUCGCAACGGCGGUCCGAAGAUCAGCAAAUGGACCAGGGUGAAGGCGGCUUUCAAGUGGGAGCGCGCGUGUACGAACGAUCUCGCGGAUAUCGCGGAAUCGGACACACCAGCGACUACGUCAUUGACGCCGACAACGAGGUAUCUCCGAAUUCCAGAUGCGAACAUCGCCGGAAGCUGGAGCACCGGAUCUGCGCUGUCGCCCUGCACCAGCGAAGUCUCCAGCCCAUCCACGCCGAUUGGCAGAGUAUCGUCCACGUCAUCGUCCACCGACGAUGUGUUUGACGAUUCGCGCAAAAAUAUCGUAAACUAUCCGGAACGACAAUCGCCUUUCGUGAAGGAUGAUAAAAAAAAGGAUGAUCCAGAUCGAUAUGGUCGAGCGCUCGAUCGUGACACUUCCGUCACGGAGAGCGUCGAUUCCAUAGAAUCUCCUAAUGAGGGUAAUCGUGGUAAACCACUAAUUCGCAUUAUAUCGGAUACGGAUGCUCCAAGCGGAAGCGGAAAAGAUCCGGAAAUGUCGCCGAAGAGGCCGACACCAACUCUGACAAUCACGAUACCAUCAAACGAAGAGGAAAUCAGAAGUUUGUCUUCACCGGAAUCGAUAUCUCCUCUUCCAUCGAGCGCACAAGAUUCCGGUGGAAGCUCGCCACAACGCCCCAGGAUGCGGCAAGACAUUUUGAGCCUGAAGGAAUUCAAACGACAGUAUUCGACGAUCGAGGAAGCGAUAAUGCCAGCGCCAAAGAUACAACAGCAAGAUUCGAAAUGGAACAAGGUCAGACGUGCUUUUCUGACAAAUGCCACUUUCAGCGUUCCUCCAAGUCCGAUUAAAGUGAUCGCGGCGCAAUCGUUCAUGAACGAUGAUAGGCGCCGAGCUCGCAGCCUUAGCGAAAGCGUCGAGGAUCUCGGUAAAACCGUUGCAGGUAUCAACAACAACGGCAACCAUUAUCGGGAAGCGCGCAGGGAUUAUCAGGCGUUGCGGGAGAAGUUCGGUGCAGAGUUUCAUCGGAAGCUGAUCGAAUGGGAGCGAUUGAAGGGCCCGCAAAACAUUCGCAAUGGCCUGCCGUUAAACGAGGAGUGUCUCGCGCCCGAGUUUAGGAAAAAACUGCAGGACUGGAAACGAGCGAAGAAAGGUCGUCGAUCCAGCGUAGCUAUCGAACAGCAACGCGUCAGUCGUCGACGGUUGACCGACUGGCAACUUUGGCGCUCUUCCUCGUCGAAACCUGAGUCCAGAUGUUACGGCAAAAAUCAGAGCUCAAUCGGCUCGCGCGGAAGCUGCGCGAGUAUCGGCAGCGCGGGGAGCUUCAGCAGCGAUGGGAAGCAACAUCUUUGCGAAGAUUUCAUCAAAAGGAUGGAGGCAUGGAGGAGAAUGAGCGAGGCCUCAUGUCGAAGUGGCGAAAGACCGAAAUCUCCGAUGACAAAUCGUGUUACGUCUGACAUUGACGAAACGGAGUUUCUUGCUUUGGAAAAGCUGCUUCUGCUAUUUGGGCAGAGGACCAAGAAGGAACUUCGAGAGAGCGAUGCGAGACAGCUGAACGAUUGCUUUGAUGGUGAUUCGAGAUUCAUGGCUGCGUCUCGAGGCGUAAAUUGUGGUAACGAAGUGUUGAUUCGCACGUCUGUCGGCUCUUACCGUUUUGAGGGUAUAUCUCGAGAAUUUACGAGGAAACUGUAUGACUGGGAGAAAUACCGCGGAAUAUCUCCGAGAUCUUCCACGUUUCGCCUUUUGGGGCCGGGCUACACGCCGUUCGCGCAAGAUUCGAACGAAGUUGCAUUGUCAGAGCCAAGCAAGAAUCAUGCAUAUCACUGGACUCUGAAGCGAUCUAAAUCUGACGGUAGUGUCUUCGAAGGUAGCCUUCGCGACGAAUCGUUCACAUUACGUCGCUCCGCAAGUCUCCAAUCUCUUACUUCUGCAGGCAAGCUUGAAGACGACAAUCGGAUAGAUAUUUUACCGAUCUCUAAUAACUCACAAGGAAUCAAAGAUCCGGAGGAUACAGCGAUAGAAGAUUCCGAGCCAGAAGCGAUGAUUGUCGACAUCGAAGACGUUAUUGAAGAAACUGCCAGUCCCUUGGCAGGAGUACAACCUCAUCAAACGCCAGUGUAUUCCGUCGCAGCCAGCGAAACCACUAGCAUCGCCGUUCCUCUUGGCACAGUCACAUCGAGUCAUGAACCUUCGCCAGUAUUCUUGGUCAAGACCGAAGACGAUGAAGACUGUGAACGAUGGAAUAUCGCGAAGAUUGGCCAGGCUUGCUCGAGCGAGAACAGUCCGAGUCCAGAAUACUUCCCGGUAUCUGAGGACUGGUGCGGAAGAACCUCGUUGGAUGAUGACAAGUCGAACUGGGAGUCGAGCUGGUGCAAAGAAAGCAGGGAAGACGACGACACAGGAAGGACCGAGAAGGCGCGACGCUCAAUUCCAGAUUGUGGCGAUUCUGUAAAGUCUGACCGUUCAAUUGGAUGGAAUCGAGAUAUUUGGGAUAAAUCGGGUGAUGAAGCAAAUAGAGAUUCGAUGAUUCUCGAAUCGCCUUCCACAUCGAUCUGCGAAAAUAAAAGUGAUACAAGAAAAGAAGAUUUCCUCGAAAGUGACAACGUUGGAUCUGUUCACUUUAAAAGUCUCGAAAUCUCACCGAUGGCUUCGAAUGCGGAAGAACUUAUGGACCCACCGCGUACGUGCAAAGGGAUGGAUGAGACGUGUAAGGAGAAGCCCGAGGAUCUAGCAGACGAAUCUUCGAACAAUGAGCGGACGAGCGAUGCGAAGAAUCUCCGAGAUGACGAAGAUGAUGAGAAGACCAAACGGGGAGACAUAAUUCUUAGCGCAGAAUUUUGCGCUUAUCAAUUAACAAAAACGGUACCAUCUUCGGUUUGUCCUGAUUCCAAAGAAACUUCAUCAAAGUUAUUGAAUUUAAAUUUAGAUAAUAAGGUUACAUCGGAAUGCCAUGGCGUUGAUAGCGAAAGCGAGGCUUCAGCACAUUAUGAGAGUUGCGGUUCACCCGAGUUGCAGACCGAUGCGGAUCGGCAUUAUGAAAUUCUCAUGUUUAAAACCGAUAUGUGCGGCAAUACAAUGGAUAAUCGCUUGUACGAGCCAGUCGAUUAUCACAAAAUUCACAGCUCCUCUUCUGACAGAAGCAACUAUAUAAAAGAUAUUUCUUCAUUAUCGAGAGUACCAGAAACAAAAAAAUCAAAUCUCUUAGAAACUCCGAGAAGUCUCUUUAUCGAUUCGACCAUUCAGACUAUUCCUGUAACAGUCUCUAGGAACAAUGAAAUGCGCAGUUUGGAAAAAAUUCUGAUCAACGAGGAGACCUUGAAUAAAAUAAUUGUUCCUACGGCGUGCACGGAAAGUGGGACGAAAUCUACAGAAAGAAUUCGAAAUCAUUUCAGAAAAGCAAAUCGUCAGAACGACAUCGCGGCCGUCAAUAAUUACGCAUCUAAAAAAAUAAUUCGCGAUCAUCAAGUUGAAUGUGUCAAGAAGGAUGGUUCUUCUACCAGAAACGUCUUCGUGAAAACAAAACGCAUGAUUUUCAGCCCGUUUCGUCGAUCAGAAGAUCGACCGUCCUCGAGAAAGCAGAGCGACAGCUCCGUCGAUGAUCGGCUUCCACAUUUGUCGAAAUCUAAGAACAAGUCGAGAUCGGCGUCGCCGAAAUUGGGCCGACAAGAUGCUCUACUGCGCGUAUCAUUAUCGUUGCCGUGGCCAUUGCGCUCUACGUCGAAGGAAAGUGAGAUUCUCUCCGAAAUCAUCAGGUCCAGAAGAAGCUCAGAAAGCAAGACGGAAGAUGCAAUAAUGAUUCAAGAAAAAAAUUCACUGUGCAAAGAGAAUAACGUGAAUAAUAAGAGACUGAACGGAGAAUCAAGUAACAAAGAUCCACCAUAUAUUGAUGAAGAUCAAGAAGAAAUUCAAUCAGACACAGAGCUUGCGACAAUGAACGUAUGCUCGAUCGGAAAUACUUCUGCACGAAUUUCUAAGCAACUGGAAAAAUCAAAAAUAGCAAUGCUCGAACGGGAUCCAGAUGCAUGCCGAAUGCGGGGCAAAUUAAAAUAUAAUCAAACACACGACGAUGGCGAACGCGAUAAAGUCAAGUGCAGUCAAGUGCAAUUCGAAGGAAAAUGCGAUGUGGAAAGAAACCAGAAGCGAGAAGAGAGGUGGCAAGAGAAACAAGACGAAGCGAAGCAGCAAAACGAGAAUCAUUCUAGAUGCGAUGUGGUAUCAUCGGACUUGAUGCACAAACUUAAGAUACUUUCGGAUGCCGCAGCGAAAAGAGAAGGACGAACGAUGAUAGCGGAAUCCUCCGUGAUCAACAGUUUGGAAUCACGUUCCUCCAGGAUAAGACGAGCCAAGGAAAACUUUCUGUCUCGGCGAGGUGGUCCUUUCUGUCGCUCCGUAAUGGACUCGAUGGAUGCUACCUCCAAUCCUGAAGAUCCUUGGAGACGGAUGUCGACGACUCAGAUAUCGGCGAGAGAAAUAUCGAAGUUGAACGAGACAGUGACUGCUUCGAGCUCGCAAGAAUCGAGAUAUGCGAGAAAUCAUACAGAAACAACGAUGUUGACCGUAGAGAACGAAACCGUGUCUUUGGGCGAGGAGAAGAUCGAUGUUCGAACGGAUUCGCUGGUGAAAUCAGCAAGUGCCGGAAUGAUCAACGUGGAUCCCGAUACAUUUGAUCGGCUGGUCACGGUUGAUCGCGGAUGCGAGUCUCUGCCGAGGGCCAUUGCGAAACGCCGCGAUUCCUCGAGCCCGUUGGCAAAGAUCGUCGGGAAGCUGAAGCUUUCGCGAUUAAUUCGUGCCCGAAACGUCGACAGCGGCAACAUGAGCACGAUCACGACGUUGUGUAGGCAAAGUCUGUUGAUCGAUAUGCGAAAUGAUCCUAGAAAUCAAACUAACGAACAAGGGAUUGAGGAUCCAGUCGAGGAUGAUACUGACGAACAUUCGGAUGAAUCUUGUAAAACGAUUCACGAAUGAAUCAAUCUGUUCUUUAAUCGAAAUUAUAUAUUUAUGUAAUAUUCCAGGUGUCUGUGAAUUUUUUUUAAAUAUC